CCUUGGAUAAGCGGACUACCCUGUACAGCAGUGGCUUCGGCGCCCAUAGAUUUCCUCAGCCUCUUUAGCUGUGUGCCGAAAUGUGUCCCUUGCUAUUGGCGCAGAGCCAUGACCCGGAGUCUCAGCUUAAGUACUAUAACCAGGUACUUCGCGAUGCCGAAGCAUCUUCGCUUGAUAUAAAUUUAGAGGUAGUUGGAAAAGGAAAAGGUGUUGUCGCGUCGCGCAACAUCGACGAGGGCGUGACAGUCUUCACCGAGCGGCCCUUGGUGAACUUGCAGCACCUUGACAAUCAUGCUAGUGCCAUCGUAUGCCAAGCCUGCUUACGCUAUGUUGGAUCUAUUGAGCUUCAAAUCGGGCACAAGCUGCGUUCUUUGGUGGAUCAGCUGCGUGGGGCAGAGCAAGGUGGCGCUCAUGCAGAGAGCGGCGGAAGCGCCGGCGAUACCGAGGAUGAGGUCGACCUGGACGGUGCCUUGGAGGCUGGCGAGCGACUGGAGCAGAUCUAUGCCCACGUGACGCCCGAGCGGAUUGCGGAGCUGUGCUCAGGUGCCGUAACGCUGCCACUGACGGACGGCUUUCGACUUCCGAAGCCGAUGCCUUGCCGCCGCGGCUGCGGGGCGUUGUACUGCAGCGCCGCCUGCGAGGCGGAGGCCUGGGAGCACUCGCAUUGCCUGCUGUGCACAGGCACGCGCACGUCCUCAUCACCCUUAGUGGAGCUUAAAGCCGAGCCGUUUUGGGAGCACGCUAGGGAGACGAACGAAAUCUUCCUGUUGGCAGCGCAAGUGGUGGUGUCGACGUUGCUGCGAGCGGCGAGGCUCCUGGCUGGGAGUUCUUCAGGGGCCGCCGGCCCGUCUGACGCAUACCGGUCAGCGCUGCUGGCAGCGUGGCAGCCGUACAUGUACGGUUGGAAGCGGUGCUGGUGGGAUUCAGUUGCAGUACCGGAUGACGUGGAUGACGAGGAGGAGUUUCGCACACAGCUCAAAUCUUUGGCAUCAGAUUCCCUGGAGCUUCUGUCAGCCGCCAUUAGCGACCCGCGGUUUGGUCCGGAGCUGCUGCAGCUCGAGGUGUACGGCAGCAUUGUGGGAAUGUUUGAGCUGAAUAACAUGGGCCUGAGCGUGCCUUCCCCUGUGGAAGAUUACUUCCUGGCUGUGGACGAGAUGGAGGAGGGCGCGGAGAAGCAGGCUGUGCUUCAGAUCACUCAGCCGCUGCUGGACGCGCUGGAUUCGGAAUACGCGAGCCCUUGUGAGUCAACCGCCUUCCUGGCUCUGCAGAGCUGCAUCAACCACUCGUGCGACCCGAACUGCACCGCCGUCUGCGAUACCGGCGACCGGACCGUCACCGUCCUGGCUCAGCGCGACAUCGCCGCCGGCGAGGAGAUCACGCUGUCGUACAUUGACGUAACGUUGCCGUACAAGGAACGCCAGGCCGCGCUGCGCGAUUACGGCUUUGUGUGCCGCUGCACUCGUUGCGUGGCGGACGCGGCGGCGGCACGGUCAAAGCGCCAGGGCGGCGCGGCGAAGGGGUUUAAAGUCGGUCGGCGGCGUUAGCUUUUCGGCAGUGUGUUUUUCUGAAAAUUUGUUGUCUUAGAGCGCUGUGCUGGGACGGUAGGCACAUAGUCUUGAAAGUGGCGGUAGCUGGUUGGUAAUGGCCAAAGUUGCCGUGUCGUGCCGUGUUUCUGUCGACAAGCGUUUCACGGUUAUUCAUCUUUCCGCGC